AUGAACCAAGAAGCCCUACAAAAGGUCCUUAUAGAGAUGGACAACCAGCUCAACAAGUCGCGAGCCGAGCUCUCGAUGGUGAAUUUGCAAUUGGAUCGGGUCAACACAAAUUUGAACGUGAUAAGCUCAACCACGGCACGGUUAAACUCACUAAACAAGCCAGAAGAAAGAGUAUGGCAGGGAUUGGGGAAAGCGUUUGUUGCAAAGGAGACCAAGGCUUACCUUGAUGAACUAAAGACGGAUGAAAAGGAAUACAAGGAAACCCAAAGGGGGUUGAAAAUUAAACAAAAUUAUAUUGAAACAACGCUUGAAAAGACAAUUGAUGGAAUGACAAAGAUUGUGGGCGACAAGCAAUGA